AUGGCGUUACUCCUAAUUCUGACUCUAUGCCUAACUCUUCCCCUUCUUUUGCUAUUCUUCUUGCAAAACCGCAGAAACAUCAAGAACUCAUCUUUUCCACCUGGUCCUAUUGGCAUUCCCAUUAUAGGGAAUCUUCAUCAGCUGAAUAAUUCAGCUCUUUAUCUGCAGCUAUGGCAACUCUCAAAGAAAUAUGGGCCACUUUUUUCCCUUCAAUUAGGUUUAAGGUCAGCCAUAGUUGUUUCCUCACCUAAACUGGCCAAAGAGGUGAUGAAAGACCAUGACCUCGAGUGUUGUGGACGACCUAAAUUGCUCACACUACAAAAAUUUUCCUAUAAUGGAUUAGACAUGGCAUUUUCCCCAUACAAUAGUUAUUGGAGAGAAAUGAGGAAAAUUUCUGUUCUCCAUGUCCUUAGCUCUAGGCGUGUCUCUAGCUUUUCCUCAAUAAGACACUAUGAGGUCAAGCAAAUGAUGAAAAGAAUAUCUAUGCACGCCUCAGCUUCAGAAGUUAUAAAUUUGAGUGAAGUUCUAAUGUCUCUUUCUGUCACUCUCGUAUGUAGAAUUGUGUUUGGGAGAAGCUAUGAAGACGAAGGAACUGAAAAAAGUAGAUUCCAUGAACUACUCAAUGAAAGUCAGGCCAUGUGGGGUACCUUCUUUUUCUCAGAUUAUAUUCCUUUCUUAGGUUGGCUUGAUAAAAUCAGGGGACUGCAUACACGUCUUGAACGUGCUUUCAAGGAUCUAGAUAAGUUCUACCAAGAAGUGAUUGAUGAACACAAUGAUCCUAAUAGAAAGACCCCAGCAGAGAACGAGGACAUAAUAGAUGUCUUACUUCAACUGCAGAAGCAGCGUUCGUUUUCCGUAGAUCUCACAAAUGAUCACAUCAAAGCGGUUUUCAUGAACAUGCUUGUAGCAGCAACGGACACAACUGCAGCCACAUUAGUCUGGGCUAUGACUGCACUAUUGAAAGAUCCAAGAGUAAUGAAGAAAGUUCAAGAAGAAAUUAGGACUUUGAGGGGUAAAGCAGACUUUUUAGAUGAAGAUGAAGUUCAAAAUUUUCCCUAUUUGAAGGCAGUGAUAAAAGAGACACUGAGACUGCAUCCACCAGCACCAUUACUUGUGCAAAGAGAAACAAACGAAGCAUGCAUUAUAGCUGGAUAUGAAAUUCCAGCGAAGACAAUAGUGUAUGUGAAUGCUUGGGCUAUACAUAGAGACCCUGAGGCUUGGAAAGACCCUGAUGAGUUUAUACCCGAGAGGUUCUUAGAUAGUACAAUAGAUUUUGGAGGGCAAGAUUUUGAGUUCAUUCCAUUCGGUGCUGGUCGCAGAAUUUGCCCUGGCAUAGCAAUGGCAAAUGCUUCCUUGGAUCUUACUCUUGCUAAUCUUCUGAAUUCCUUUGAUUGGGAGUUGCCACCAGGAGUGAAAAAAGAGGACAUAGAUACCGAAAAGUUACCUGGAAUUACUCAGCACAAGAAGAAUCAUCUUUAUUUAUGUGACAGGGAAACACUGCGUAACUUUGAAGUUGGUGUAUGCUUGGCGGUGCAAUAUAUAGAUAUUGAGGUGUACCAUUUUCCCUGCGCACAGUACCUGGCCGUGAAACCCAACAAGAAAAAAAGAGACACGAAGAAAGCAAACAGUGAAAAUGCUGAAGGUAGAGUGCCCUAA